GGCGGCAAUGAGAAUUCUAAGACAACACUCAGCUAAGACAGAAGUGAAUAUUUAUAAUUGAUUAUUUAGAUGUAUCAAUAGAAUAUUUUAUGUGAUAAAUGUACUUUUGUUGUAUAUUUGAGAUAUGGGUAUUACAGGAUUACUACCAUUUUUGGAGAAAUCCUCAAGAAAAGCAAAUAUAAAUGAAUUUGCAGGUGAAUCUGUUGCCAUUGAUACUUAUUGUUGGUUACACAAAGGAAUAUUUUCUUGUGCUGAAAAACUAUCAUUAGGAGAACCAACAGAUGCAUAUAUAAUAUAUUGUAUGAAAUUUAUAAAAAUGCUUUUAAAAUAUAAUAUAAAACCUAUUCUUGUAUUUGACGGACGACAUUUACCAGCUAAGGCAGAUACUGAAGCCAAAAGACACGAAAAGAGAGAAAUAAAACGUCGUCAAGCAGCAGAAUUAAUACGUAGUGGACAAACUGCAGAAGGCAGGAAUUUAUUAAGACAAUCGAUAGAUGUAACACAUGAAAUAGCUCUGGAACUAAUCAAAACAUGUCAAAGUUUAAAUAUAGAUUGCAUCGUAGCUCCAUAUGAAGCUGAUGCCCAAUUAGCAUAUCUUAAUAUUAGUGGUAUAGCAGAUAUUGUUAUUACUGAAGAUAGUGAUUUAACAUUAUUUGGAUGUAAAAGAGUGUUCUUUAAAAUGGAUGUGAAUGGUAAUGGUAUACUUGUUGAACAAGACAAAUUGCAUCUUGCUAUGGACGUGAAGUCUACGGACUUUGAUAUGGAUAAAUUUAGAUAUAUGUGCAUUUUAUCAGGAUGUGAUUAUUUACCUUCACUUCGUGGUAUAGGAUUAGCUAAAGCAAAAAAGUUUAUUCAAAGUAUGAAUUCAAACAGUGAUAUAUAUAAGGCUCUUACUAAUUUAGGAAUUUGUCUUAAUAUGAAAUCUUUGACAGUAUCAAAGGAAUAUAGAGACAACUUUAUGAAAGCAUUUGUAACAUUCAAACAUCAAUUAGUAUUUUGCCCUUUACAAAGAAAACAAGUACGUUUAAAUUCUCCUUCAGCUGACGUUUCUGAAGAUCAGUUACAUUAUGCUGGAGAAGAGAUAGACCCUGAUAAAGCAUUACAACUUGCUUAUGGUAAUUGUGAUCCAUUCACAUUUAAAAAGCUUCAUGACUUUGAUCCUGAUAAAAAACAGAAUUUGAAUAAGGUGAAUCCAAAAAUGUUAAUUACAAUUACAAAACACAUAAGCAUUUGGUCGUGCAAUUAUAAACCAAAACAAAGUCCAAGAAACAUAUAUAAAAAAGAAACAACAAAUUAUGAGCAUCACUUGUCUGUAAAAGAAUUUUGUACUUCGGAAAAAAAAUCUGCUAAUCUAAAGAAGAAAGAAUAUCCUGAUGUAAAUAUUCCAGAUUAUCAAGAAUUAAACGAAAAAGAUAUUUUAGACACAUAUAAAUCUGAAGAAAGUAUUGAAUCUGAAAAUGCAAUACAUUUAGAAAAAGAGAAUGUGUCUGAUGUUAAUGAACAAAAAUCUCCAAUAUUAACUAGAAAAACGAAUCCAUUUGUUAAAGAAGUAUCUAGUAAUGAAAUAUCUCCCAGUUUAUUAUUUAAACGAAGAAGUAGAAUAAGACCUGGGCGCACAAUAAACUUUAGAAAAACAAUUAUUGAUGAGAACGUAAUUACAGAAAGUAAAUUUUUUACAAAUAAAGACAUAGAUAAAAAUAAUGCAAGAAAUAAUGAUAAUGAUGUUAAUUUUGAAUCUGAUGAAUUAUGUAUAAGUCAUACUUCCAAAAAGAUGAAGAUAGAAGUAGAUGAUAGAAAAUGCGAUUUAAAAUAUUUAACAGAAUUUAAUAAUCUAGAUAAUACAUAUUCCAUAAAUACAAAACAAUCAGAACAGAAUAUAUUAGUAAAUGAAAAUAAGAAUGCGAUUGCUAACAGAAACAUGACUAAUGAAGAAACAUUUACAACGCAAGAUAUGUGUUCUCCAAAUCAUACAUACGAGUCAAAAAUUUUAUUUACUUCAACGAACGAAGUGGAAUAUAUAAAUUUUAAUGCAAAUGAUAAUAUGAAUAACGAUAAUCGUAAUAUGCCACAAUCAAACAGUCCUACUUCAGAAUCUGAUUAUUCAGUUAGCCAAAAUAGUGUAGAAGAUAAUACAAAUAGUUCAUUUAAAUUUUCAAGUAUUAAAUUAAAUCCAUCAAAUGACAUUCACUCUAGUAAAACGAUAAAGAAGCAACUAACAAGCUUCCAAAUGAGAACCAACAGAAAAAGCACAACCAAACGAGACCAUCGAAGUAAACAAUUAUCUUCUGAGCAUGGACAACUAAGUUUAUUAAAUAUGUUUGGAUUUGAAAAAAGUAAGUUUCUUCAUUAUAAUUAUUUACAUGUUAUAUAUUUAUAAAAAGUUCUAUAUUAUAUUUUACAGAGCAAAGUUGAAGUACUGAAGUUAGAAUUAAAUAAAUUAAAUCUGAACUAUAUAUAUAUAUAUUGAAUGAAUAUUUAGAAAAAUAUUGUUAUGCAUCUCUGAAAAAAAAAAUUGCAUUAUAUUGUUAUAGGCAUUAUUUAAAUUCUAUAUUAAUAGCACUACCAUAAGUACAUCUACUCUUGUAUAUUUUAUAGGAAAUAAUUUAUUUUGUAUCUAUUCCUCCCAAGGUCUUGAUAUUCUUACAUUUUUCCAAUUAUUGAUAUCCAGCUAAAAUUAUAAUAAAGGAUAUAAUAUUUAACUUUGUAAUAAAUAAAAAUUAAAAAAUAA